AUGAAUAAUGUAGCAUCUUCCGCCGUAAUUUUGUAUAAGAAACCAGUAUCUGUCCUUGCGAACCGUAAUAUUAGCCCAACUAUCGACUGCAUUGGCCAGACACCUACUGGUACUUUUGAUGCAGUACCCACGGCGGAAAACACAAAGACUGAUGGAAGAAUUCGUUCGAUUUCUCGCACUUAUAUUAACUACUGUUGUUUAGCAAGAAAACUCAACGAUAGUGAAGACAUCGUGAUACUUAUCUAUUUGUUCAAACUGGCUCUAAAUUUGGCUGUAAGUCUGUUGAACGUCUUGAAGUACGACGAGUACAUUACUUCUGGUGUCAGCAUGGUUCGUGUUGCGUAUACAUUGCAUAACAUAUUUAUUGCUCUUACGACGGGAACUCGGCUAAUGCUUUUAGUUGAACCUUCAUACAGAGCUCAAGUCGAGUUAAGAAAGACGACAUUACUAGUUAGCAGAGCACUUAACCAAGCACUGGAAAGGAACGAUUUGGAUCAGCUAAAUGAGCUUCGACAUCUUCUGAAAAUGCUGCAUCUCAACCGGCCGGUCUACUCUGCUUUUGGAGUCUUCAAUAUAGGAAGACCACUCGUGACAGCUGUACUGAGUGGCACUGCUACUAUACUCGUUAUGUUACAAUAAUAUUUAUUCUAAUAUACCUCCUUAACAUUCUCAUAGACGUGAUCCAAUAAGUUUUAUGCACAAAUACGCUACAGCGAAAAUAUUUGAACCGCACCUCUAAGCA